CGCUCACUGAAUGGAGUGACAUCUCCCUCUCUCUCUCAAUGUGUGUCUCUCCCAACCGACUCAUCUCGCAUACCAUCACAGCCUAACAGCAGAGAGGAUCUGUGCUGAAAAUAGAUCAUCACAUGUACACACACACAGAGGAAGAGAGAGAGAGAGAGAGAGACCUGCAGCCAGACAGAUAGCACGACGCCAAACGGUUGUUACGAGUGCACCGAUUGGUCAAUUAUUAAUAUUGCUGCUGGCCUCCAGGUUGUGUGUGAGCCAAUUAAGGCUAUUGGAUGAACAUACCAAUGCAGCCCAGUUAGUGCGCUGUGCUGCGAGGAGAGGCAGUGGAGUCUGGGCCAUCAGUUCCUGGGUCACCGAUGACGACGGCCAUCAUCGUCGAAUGACGUUGUUCAUUACAGAGGUGAACUCAAUUCGGAGGUCACACGUUAAGGCCGGUACAGUGGGUCGGUCCAUCGGUCGGUCGGUCUCUCCUCCCUGUGGUGGGAUCAGCUGAGACUGUGUAAGUCGGACUGAAACUCUAUAUACGCCAUAUGUGUGAGGACGUGAAGGGUCUAGUUUGUGUUGUGUAUCUUCAUCCGGAUCUGUGUUAGUGAUACAAGCUCUCUCUCUCUCUGUAUGGGAGUUAAAUACCACCUCCAUGUGAGAUAUAAAUAUUACCACACGGUGUGGGUUAAAAAUAUUUCCAGUCUAAGUGGGUUAUAAAUAUUACCUCUAUGGAGGUUUAAGAUAUUCCUUCUGUGGAUUAAGAUAUUACUUUUGUGGAUUGAAAUAGUACCUCUGUGGAUAAAAAUAUGACCUGGAUAAAAUAUUACGUGUGAAUUAAAAAAAAAAAAAUUGACUUCUGUGGAUUUAAAAUUUAUCUUUGGAUUCAUAUAUGACCUCAGUGGAUUCAGAUAUGACCUCAGUGGAUUAAAGUAUCUCUGAAUUAGAAAUAUUAACUUGUGGAUUAAGAAUAUUAUCUUGUGGAUUAAGAAUAUUAUCUUGAUGAAUUAAGAAUAUUAUUUGAUGGAUUAAGAAUAUUACCUAUCAGGUUGUUACACUAUCAGCACCCGAAUCUUGGUGUGUAAAAAUCUCACAGUGUUGUUGUUGUCGUUCUGAUGUGGAUAUUCUGUCAUUUGGAUCUUACCGAUGUGACGUGACGGAAACAACACAACAUCAUAUAGUCUGGGAUAUGUGUGUGUAAACCCGGUGGAGGAAUUUACAUGGAAUACCUUGGCCGUGGUUUGAACGGAGUGCACAACAUUACAGACUGCACAGAGUUGUCUCCCCUGUCCGGAUGGUCCGGGAGAAGGAGACACGCCUAGUUGCCAUGGAGAGUGUGAAUGGGUCGGAGGAGUCGAUUCACUUCAUAAACAACCGGUCUUUGUGGCUGCGGCAUGAGCAGGAGGCAUACAACAAAACCAUGCGACUAAAACGGCAGCUCUCCAAAUCUCGCCAUGUUUGUGCUGCGUACGGCCCGGUAGUGGGAGGCGACAGUUUCGUCGUGAUGGCCGACCCACUGGCCCAGCAGCAGGACGAGAUGUCUGCGAUGCAGAACCGAAUUCCCGUCACGUUCCGCGAACCGAGUUCUGCGCCGAUCAGAAAACUGAGCGUCGACCUCAUCAAGACAUACAAACAUAUCAACGAGGUAUACUAUGCAAAAAAGAAACGGCGCGCGCAGGGUGCGGCAGUGGGUGACGAGAGCGGAAACAAGAAGAACAAGGUGAACGCCCACGUGUACAACGACGGCUACGAUGACGCGACUCACGACUACAUCGUCAACCCCGGCGAGAAGUGGCUCGACCGAUACGAGAUCGACUCACUCAUAGGGAAGGGGUCGUUCGGACAGGUGGUGAAAGCGUUCGACCACGGUGACGGGGAGGCAGUUGCGAUCAAGAUUAUUAAAAAUAAGAAACCUUUCCUCAAUCAGGCUCAGAUUGAGGUCAAACUACUCGAGCUCAUGAAUAAACAUGAUGCAGAAAAUAAAUACUAUAUAGUGAGGUUAAAACGUCACUUCAUGUUCCGCAAUCACUUGUGCCUGGUGUUUGAGCUCUUGUCCUAUAACCUCUACGACUUGUUACGUAACACCAACUUCAGGGGGGUGUCGCUCAACCUGACCCGCAAGUUCGCCCAGCAGUUGUGUACGGCGCUGUUGUUCCUCGCCACGCCCGAGCUGAACAUCAUUCACUGUGACUUAAAACCCGAAAACGUUCUCCUGUGCAAUCCCAAACGAAGCGCGAUCAAAAUCGUCGACUUUGGUAGUUCCUGUCAGUUGGGACAGAGGAUAUACCAGUACAUACAGAGUCGGUUUUACCGCUCGCCCGAGGUCCUGCUAGGCAUUCCGUACGAUCUCGCUAUCGACAUGUGGAGUUUAGGGUGUAUCCUUGUCGAGAUGCAUACAGGAGAACCACUGUUUGCCGGCGCCAACGAGUUUGACCAGAUGAUGAAGAUAGUGGAGGUGAUCGGCAUGCCACCCAAACAUAUCCUCGAUCAAGCUCCGAAAGCAAAAAAAUAUUUUGAUCAGCAGCCGGAUGGCCUGUAUGUGUGUAAGAGGCCGAAAGAUAACAAGAAGUACAAGACUCCUGGAUCUCGCAAACUUCACGACGUGAUUGGUGCGGAGACGGGCGGGCCUGGAGGUCGGAGGUCGGGCGAGCCGGGUCACACGGUGGCGGACUACCUCAAGUUCAAGGACCUCAUCCUGCGCAUGCUCGACUUUGACCCCAAGUCACGCAUCACGCCAUACUACGGACUGCAGCAUAAUUUUUUUAAAAAGACAACAGACGAAAGUACGAACACGUCAAAUAGUACAUCCGCUAGCCCUGCGAUGGAGCAGACGAACAUUUCCAGUCCUACAGUGAGUUCAACUCGCAGCGGACGGGCUCGAUCCGACCCCACGCAUCAACAUCCUCCGCAUCGCCACGUGCACUCGCACUCAGCACGGGAUCCCCAGCACGCCCCCCACCCGUACAGCACGAUGGAUUGCGAGAGUCCGGAACAGCAACGGAGCGGGGCGGUGGCUCCCCACCCGCACCACCACGCCCACCCCGCACUGCAGCAGCAGCAGAGCUGGAGUGCCGCGGAGAUGUCGCAGAUCACGGAGCACAACAACAACAACAACGGGUCACACGUACAUUCCUCCCACUCCCACAGUCGGCCGCACCGGCGCUCCCCCCUGUCAUCGUCGGGAACGGUGUCGAGUCACUCGGGGGGCGUCUCCAGCUUUUCUCAGAACGUUCUUAUAGGAAGCUUGUAUGGUGAAAACAGCAGUGGUGGCGGCGGUGGAGGAGGAGGAGGCAGUGGCGGCGGCGGCGGUGGUGGCAACUACACGAACACUAGGCCCAACUUCGGCGCACCGCCGCAGCUGUCAUCUGCAAGCAUGGCCCCCGACAUGACGAGUAUACACCCAAACCCACAUCACUUGCCCGCGGGCCUGGAUGGGACUGCGAUAGGGUCGGUCAAUAUGCAACUGUCGGGAUACCCGUACGGCCAGUUCUCCCAACAGACGUGGCCCACGGGAGCCUUCUCAUACGGCAUCACGAGCACAGCGAGCACGGGAAUCGCGAGCCACGAGAGCUCGCAGCACAACAGGACUGGCGGCGAGCGGGGGGAGGAGUCGCCCAUGGUGGGCGUCUGUGUACAGCAGAGCCCCGUGGCGAGUCAUUGACGCAACACCUCCCCCCUCCUCACCCAAACUCCCCUACUACCGGUAAAACUAGGUGUUUGAAAUAUUUCUUGUAUAACCAGUGAGUGGCUGGCUGGCUGGUUGUUGAUUUUUCGGCCAGUUCUCAGUGAAAGUUCGUCAAGAUUCCCAACGCGUGGAUACGUAGCUGGCCAUGGAGGUGAUUCCUGAAAGAAGAGAGAGAGAGUGAUACAGACAGACAGAUGGACAUCAUGCUUGUGUGUGUGUGUGUGUAGUUUUUAUUCAUCAGUGUGUAACCGAGAGAGGAUCACGACAAAGGCAUAGAUUCGCUUGAUGUGCGUGCCAGCUCACUGUGAAUACACGGAGACGCUGCUGCUGCUGCCAAAGCCAUGGAUGGAAUCGCUCUUCGCCCUCCCCAAUAAGGGCUGUAUUCCAGAGUUGCCUCCCCUGACGUUAGACGGAACAACACUGCACUGGAAGAUGUGCGGUUUCGCACGCGAGAGAAACGAGAGAAUAAAUAUCCGAGAUGCAACUUGGUUCGCCAUCAGACACAGGACGUGACAAGUGGUGCGAUUUACUUGCACGGGAUUAUGGCAAAUGUUACAUCUACGGUGACUGCGAGAGCUUGCCACGUCCUAGGAAAGGAGUUUGUGUUAUUCGCGGAACAAAGAAGUGGUGAAAACACAUUUUAGCAUUCAUAGCCAUGUGGAUGUUUUUAAAAAAAGAAAAAAAAGAAAUGAAACGCAAAACAGAUGAAAUAUAUACGAUGAUGAUGUUUAUCGUAAAUUUGUGGAAAACAAUAUCACUUUCACCAACACCAGAUGUACACUUGUCUGUGGUGAAAACAAAAAAUACUCCUCAGGUUUGCGAACGUCGCAUUGACGAUGAAAAAUGGAAUUUCGAGGUUCGGAACAGUAACCCGAUUUACCUCGUUCAGUUUCCAGGGAAGGGGAUGGGGUGGCAAACUAUAAGUCACUUAAUGCCAAAUGAAAAAUUGUACAGAAACAACUUUUGUGAAAUCUCUGUAAAUAGUUUGUCGUUUUACCGCGUGUCCUGCGAAUCAAGUGUUACAUUGUUUUAUAAAAGCAUGGCGUGGACUUCUAUUCUCAACCGUUCUCUCUAGAAGGCUUUCGUGGUUUCGUUGUUAUUAUUUUUUAAUUUUUUUUAUCUUCAUUUAUAUCAUCACAUGCGUUGAAAACAAGUCGAAGAAUGGUUACAAUAUAUAUAUAUACUCAAUUUUAAAGGCAGGAUUGCAUAGCAGCUGGCCUGCUAAAUAGGCUAACAAAAUAUUGCUUUAAAAAAACCUGAUUCUGUCCAAACUGAAAAUCGGUGUAGUUCACUAAUUCAAUCUUCUUUUUGUUUUCUCCUUUUUAUCAUAUAAAUGUCGCUUUUUUCUCUUCACUUUUUUUUGGGGGGGGGGGGGACAUACAAUAGAAUUGAUGCAAAAGCUAAGUGAUUUUAAAUGAAAUAAAAUUGAUCCCUCCCCAUCACCAUGAUUUUUCUAAAUUGUUAAAUGAUAUCUGAUCAUCAUUAGACACGGAACUGAAAACUAAAUUUCCCAUAACAUUUUUAAUCUUGUGGUUUGACAUCACUUGUUAAUCAGUAUUUCAGUAUACACUAAACUGUGGCUACAGUACAUGCCCGUAAGUUAAUAAUCCAGGCUGUUUAAAAUAUCUCAUAGCUUUAGAAGGUCAACUGCUUUGCAACUUUGUCUUUAAACAAACCAAAAUAUGAAAGUAUUUCUGGAUAAUUUUGAAUUUCCAAAUGUUUUAGAACUGAAAAAAAAACGUAAUGUGAUUUUGAUAUGAAUGGACCAAGUAAUUAAUUAAUUAAUUUAUUAAUUACCCUUACUCUUAAUCAUGACUAGCAGGAAGUUGAAAAUUUCAUUCCUUUUAAAACAAUAUUUUACUAAAUACAGUUUUUCCUGUCACUUUUUUCUCACAGAAUAUUGCAUGAUGUUUCAAGUACCAUUUUACACAAUUAUAAGCUUUUAAAAAUAUAAAGCGAAAUAUUUCAUGAUUCUUUGUUUUAAAAACACACUCUAUUCUUUAUUAUAAUUAUAAUAAAACUUUCAUAGACUGUUAAUUUUUCAAAACAGAAAUUAUAUUUGAAUGAAAACAGGUAUUUAUUCAUUUAUUUUAAUCAUUUUGUUCUUUUUGUUGCUGGUGCUUUUUGUGACAAGGAGGAAAUAUGUGAGAGACCAAAAAAAAAAAAGAGAAGAGAUAAUAUAUUGUUGUUCGGAUGGCCGCGUUCAUGUGUCCGAUGACCCGCUAGAUAUGAUAAUGUACGCUUGAUGUAUAUUCGCUGACCCACGAAGAAGCACCUGUACAUUGACGAGGAAUAUGUUAUGUCAUUAUUUAUUAAUUCACAUCAUUUUAGAUAUAUUACAGAGAAUAUUAUGUAUUAGAUCUACUGACAUCUAGAUAUAGAUUGCAGUUUCGAUAGAACGGCCAUUUUCACAAAUUGUUCUUGCUUUUAUGAAAUCUUUACUGUGUCAUUUUAGUGGGGUUUUUUUUUUUUUUUUUUUUUUUUUUUUUUUUUUUUUUAAUAGUGGGUAAUGGAGCCAGUCUUCAGGGCAGAGUGUUUGUUUUAUUUCUCAUUUGCAGUAUGUGUUGCUAGACACAUGGAACUCAUAAAGAAAGGGCCAACCAUUUUUUAAAAGAACGGCUUUCUUUUACAUUUAAUCAGUCACUUUUAUGUACUUGACUUGUUGCCCCAAAGCUCAUUACCAAACAUUUGCCAAGAUAUUUUUAAAAAUGUAAUACUUAGAAUAAUGCUGUUUGCUCACAAAGUUUGAAAUUAAAUAUACCGAGGCAAGUUGAGAUUGUUUAUUAUUAUUAUUAAAAAUAGAUAUUAUUGUAUAUCAAUUCUUCAACCCGUGCACUAUAUGGUUGUAUCUCAGAUAGUCUUAAUUUGGCAGCUAGAAUUAAUGAUUGCCAAAAUAUGUAGUAUGUUUAUGUAAAAGUGAAAAUGGCCAUUCUCUUGAACCUGUUAAUGCAAACAUGGCUAAGCAGUAUGAUCGGUUUCUAUGGAAACCAUUGGAACCGGGUGUUAAAUCGCUUUAGAUUCAUAUUGUUGGACAUCAUUUUUGACAAGAUUUCUCUAGUAUCGCAUGACGAAGGUAUCGCCUGAAGGAGCUCUUAGUAACUAACGACUUUUGUAUAAAAUGUGCGAGUUGAUCACGUCCAGAAUCAAGUAUAAAACUACAAAGAGUUAGGUAAAAUACCACUUUAAAAGUAAAGUUUAAAAAAAAUCUUUAGUUAAGUAAAAUACACGACUUAGUAAAAUACACCAAGUAAAGAAGAGUUAAGUAAAAUACACCAUUAAGUAAAUAAGAGUCAAGUAAAAUACACCAUUAAGUAAAGAAGAAUCAAGUAAAAUACACCAUUAAGUAAAGAAGAGUUAAGUAAAAUACACUAUUAAGUAAAGAAGUUAAGGAAGAUACACAAGUAAAGAAGAGUCGAGUAAAAUACACCGUCGAGUAAAAUACACUAUUAAGUAAAGAAGAGUUAAGUAAAAUACACCAUUAAGUAAAAAAGUCAAGUAAAAUACACCAUUAAGUAAAGAAGAGUUAAGUAAAAUACACCAUUAAGUAAAGAAGAGUUAAGUAAAAUACACUAUUAAGUAAAGAAGUUAAGGAAGAUACACCAAGUAAAGAGUCGAGUAAAAUACACUAUUAAGUAAAGAAGAGUUAAGUAAAAUACACUAUUAAGUAAAGAAGAGUUAAGUAAAAUACACUUAAGUAAAGAAGAGUCAAGUAAAAUACACCAUUAAGUAAAGAAGAGUUAAGUAAAAUACACCACUAAAGAAUGAUUCAGAGUUCAAUAUAAAAAGUAGAGUUGAAUGUUAAGCUGAUAUUAACUAUAAGCUGUAUGACAUAAAUCUGUUUUUAGUUCCAACCAGUGCACCACGACUGGUUUAUCAAAUGAUGUGGUAUGUGCUAUCCUGUCAGUAGGAUGGUGGAAUUAAAACUACUGUAGUGUGUCUACUACUUAGUAUACAUUAAAAAGAUCCAUGCUGUAACCAUGGUAACUGUAAUAAUCAUGAGAACUUGAUGAAAUCUUGUUGAGAAUGAUGAUUUCCACCUCUUUUCUUUUAUUUUUUACAGGCGACUUCUAGACUCAACUUGGGUUCAACACAUUUUUACUAUUUAUUUACAUCAGGUUUGCAUGUCCUGUAACUUUUUAAAAGAAACACCAUUAAUGUUGGAGACGUUAUUUUCCAAUUUUAUUUGUGUCGACAUAUUUGUGUUUUUAAAUAUAUAUUUUAUCCAAGAUAUAACAAAAGAAAAAGGGCUUGAACAUUAGUUGAAUUUCAUAAACGAUUCCCAAAGUCAAAUUUUGUUUUAGUCUAAUGUCAAAAUAAAUAUAUGAUAUUCUGGAGCAAUGAUUUCCGUGUCCAGGUGUCGGUAGUUACACAUUCAGGUGUGUAUGUGCUAGUUUUAGAAUGAGAGAUUAGGUCAAAGUCUGGAAGUUGCCUGUAAUCUCUAGCCCUGCCUAGAUGACGACCUGCCAUUAUUAAACAAGCUCAACUGCU